AUGGACGGUGGCCAGACCUCUUCCAAUCCCGCCCCCGCUGGGAACUCCAGUGAUUUUGUACGCAAGCUGUACAAAAUGCUGGAGGACCCAACCUAUGCGUCUAUCGUACGCUGGGGUGAUGAAGGGGAUUCCUUUGUGGUAUUGGAGUGCGAGAAAUUCACCAAGACCAUCCUACCGAAACACUUCAAACACAGCAAUUUUGCCAGUUUUGUACGCCAACUGAACAAAUAUGACUUCCACAAGGUGCGACAAAACAACGAAGAAAAUGGCCAGUCGCCAUACGGACAGAAUGCAUGGGAAUUCAAGCACCCAGAGUUCCGCGCAAACAGCAAAGAAUCACUCGACAACAUUCGCCGAAAGGCACCCGCCCCACGAAAACAAGCCCAACCCACCGACGACUCCGUACCCACGCAACAAAUUGAUCUUCUUAACCAGCAGAUUGUGGCACAACAGCAGCAGAUCCAACAUCUAUCAGACCGCUACGCCCAGCUCACGGUGGAUCAUCAGCUUAUGUUACAGGAAGUGAUGCGAGUACAGAAGACGGUUUUGAACCAUGAGAAUGUCAUUCACCAGGUGAUGACCUACUUGCUUUCGGUGGAUGCGCGCCAGCGUCGAGACAGCAAAGCCGUGCCAUUCCCAGCGCCCGGAACGACAAUGAGCCCUUCCCAGGUAGGUGCAGUGGACGAUGAACCCUCAUCGCCCCUCCAGCAAGCCUCAAAGCUCCUGAAUGAUAUGAACGCCGAACUACAAUUCAAUAUGAACGGUGUCGACUCGAUGAACGAUCCUCAAAAGGCCGUCGUUUCAACCCCCCACCUUGGAUCCUAA